GCGGGGGAGGGGCGCGCGGUUGCUAAUGGUGCGCGCCGUCACCAGGCUGCAGUAACGGUUCGGCUUCCGCUCGGCGUGGCGCCGGCGCCCCACUGGCUUGGGUCGCUGCGCCCCGAAGCCCCCGCAUGUCAUGUCCCGGCUGCGCCUCUGGGCCCCACGGCUCCUCCUCGCGUGGCAACUGUUGUGGCUGCUGGUCCAGGCAUCUCAUCCUCCGGAGUGGGCCCUGGACCCUAUCCAGCUGACCUCCGAGCCCCCGGGGCCGACUGAGCCCUGGUCUUCGCACUCCUCUGAUCUCCCCCCCGAAUCGCCCCAUGCACUUACACCCCCGGCAGAGCCAGGGGGCUUUAAUUACCUGGGGUCCUCUCCUCCAACCCAGAUGUUGGCAUUGCCUCAGGAGUUGACUGAGACUUUGGUUCCAUUCCCGGACACGGAUUCAGUUGGAGAGCUGCCCCCAGGGCCAGAUCAGUUUGCUGUUCCACAUCGGGAUCUGAAUGACAAGCUAAUCCAGCGUCAAAGGCUCCCAGAGGUGGUUCCAAUGCUAGGUUGGGAUCAGAAUCAGGCCCUAGCUCUGCCUCCUCGACUCAAAAGUAAGAAGCAAACUGUAGGUCUAGAUCAGGCUGGAGGUCACCAAUCAUUUGAAAUACUUGUUCCACCUCUAGAUAGUCAGAGUUCAAAACCAACAAAGUUUAUUGUUUCACCCCCAAACCUGAAGAAAGAUCUAGCUCAGCAUCGACGGCUCGCCAAAGUUGUUGUUGGAUCUCCACUUGCAAAACAAACUCAGCAUCUAGAACAACAGUUGCAGGAUGAUGAUUUAGAUUCCAGUAUGGAUAGCUUUUAUCAUGAGGAGAACCUACCUAUGGAUUUCCUGGGGGUCCCAGAUCAAUCUCCAGAGCCAUCUGAGGAAGUUGAAAUUUCUCCACCCCUGCAGGAGGCCCAAACUCAUCAUCCAGAGCCCCCUGAGAAGGUUGAACCUUCACCCCAGCAAGAGGCCCAGGCCGAGCAUCCAGAGCCCACUGAAGAGAUAGAACCACUUCCUUUUCGGCAGGAGCCUCUGCCUCAGCCUCUAGAGCCCCCCAAGGAAGCUGAAAAUUCUGCAAACCCACAGGAGGCCUCCGCUAUAGCUCCUGAGUCUCCUGAGGAAUUGAAACCAUCUUCAGUUCAGCAGGAAGCAUCAGCUGAGCCUUCAAAUACUCCUGAAGAGGUUGAACCUGCUGAACCUCAGCAGUCAUACUUCCGCAAUGUCACCAUUAAACCUGUGGAUCUGGCGCUUACCAUAACCCCAGAGGUGACUAAGGAGGUUGUAUCUCCUCCAACCCAGCAGGAGGCCCCAACUCAGCCUCCAGAGCGCCCUGAGGAGAUUGAACCUCCAGUUCAGCAGGAAGCCCUGGCUCCGCUUCCAGAGCACCCUGAGGAGGUGGAACCUACUCCAAGCCAGCAGGAGGCCCCAGCUCAGCCUGCGCAGCCUCCUGAAGAGUGGGUAAUGAGGUGGCAGUUCAACCUGUAG